AUGGAUCCCGAAAUGAACAAGCUCCUCAAAUGGAGUGUCCAGAACUCUAAGCAAGAAAAUGGAGAUGCCCCUCCAUCCACCGAGGAAGCCGCCCGCACUUUGACCCCCCAAAUGCUGAACGCUCUGAUGGGUGGACCUUCCGAGGCUGAUCUGAUGAAAGCUGCCAUGGAGGUCUUGCACUCGGACGAUUCCGAUUUGGAAAACAAGCUUAUUGCUUUCGACAACUUUGAGCAAUUGAUCGAGGGUAUUGACAAUGCCAACAACUUGGAGCCCUGUGGUCUCUGGACCCCAUUGGUCCAGCUGCUGGAUGAUAAGGAGCCAGAAAUCCGCAAGUAUGCCGCUUGGUGUAUUGGAACUGCUGUUCAAAACAAUGAGAAGGCUCAGGACAAGCUCAUUGUUCUCAACGCCAUUCCCAAGCUCGUGACUGUGGCCACUACCGACUCCAACCCCAUUACUCGCAAGAAGGCCGUCUACGCGCUUUCGUCCGCCGUCCGCAACUACCAACCGUCCAUGAACGAACUGAUUAAGCACGUCCCCGAAGGCUACGCACCUGAGAAGGUUGACGCUGGCGACAUGGAUGCGAUCGAUAUCAUUAUGGAUAAGCUGCGGACCCACGCCGUUUCCUCCACCUGA